AUGCCGCCUCGGCCUCGCGAGCCUUAUUUUGUUCUGAAUCCUGAAUUUACGUCCAUUGAUCAAAGGCGCUCGCCAUAUACGCGUCCACAGCCUAAUCAGGACUUCUCGCAGAGCAGACAUGUGCCACCAAGUACCAUUCCUCGGCGUAACCUUGAUCCUGUUGGUGGAUAUGCUGGUGCGGGUGUCGAAUUUGCGUCGAAUUUGAAUUUUACUCAUGCCCAACCAUCCACUUUACCUUCCAACAUGCCUAGCGCCACUCAUAAAAACCCUCCUCCUGCAACUGUGCCAUCCACCCGCGUUGAAGAUGCGAAGGUGGACGACCCGUCGACGAUUACUGUGGCUCCAGCGCCAAGCGGCCCAAGCCGAAGAAAGUCGGAAUCAGGCAGGACACACAAGCGCGAGGGAUCUACUAUUCACGUUGCCCAACCUUUCAAGGAAAAUCUCCCUUUGCAUAUAUCUCCUAAAAAACGAAAGGCUGAUAGCUCGGAUGCUCAACCCAAAGGUAGAGACCCCUCUACAAAACAAAGACCAGAGGGAAGCUUUACACCCCCAGCAUCAGAGAGGGAACGCGAAUCGCGAUUAUCAAGCCAACCAGGAGAAGGCUAUCAAACAGCUCCUUCAAACAGUUCUUCCAAAAAUCAAAGCCGCAGGUCCAGUGCUAGUGACGACCAAGCUACAACUCAGCUACGGAAUUCAAAAAGGGCUCAAGCACCAACUAAAUUGAUGCCUAUGAUAGAAGUAGCCCUCGCCAAAGCCAACGAGCAGCUUGAAAAUCAUACCGUUUUCAUCCAAGACGACGUUAGUGAACAAAAUCCAACGCCUACAUCUCAACAGUUGCAGCAGCCCGAGCCACAGGCGAAUGGAUUGAAUGAUGAACGAGAAAACGUGAUUGCUACACCCCCUUCUACGCUCGAAAUAGACGCCCCAGUGGAGCACGAUACUAUCACAGUGGCGACACAGAAUAUAGCAGCGACGAUAAUGGCAGAGGUGAUAACGCCAGUGGAGCCUAGAACAGCAGAAGAGCCUAGGACGCCCAGGACGCCUAGGAUGCCUAAAGUGCCCAGAGCUCAUGUUUUUGAUUCUGAGGCUUUUGAUACCAUGAUUUAUCGCCAGUCCACGUUGCGUCCGCCACCAGGUGUUUCUAUACAGGCUCUUCCUCGACCAAAAACUCCAGUGCAGCAAUCCUCGAUUGAGGAUCGAGGCCAAUUCUUGGCAAUUAAUCCCGCGAUUCAUUACCCAUAUAAGCGAUCCGAGGAGUGGUACAAGGAAAAGGCGCUCGCGAUACAGGCUCGCAGAGGACGCAAAGCAUGGUUCGGCAAAGUGAUUGAAAGGCGACGAUGGUUGCGAGCAAAAGAGAGGGCAGAAGACGAACGGAAUGCUGCAACGCAAAAAUCAACAAGGACAGACCCGCAACCCUGGUCGUAUGAUCGCAUCAUUGACUUUGGAGAUGUUCCUGAAGAGGAGCUCCCAGACGAUGUGCUGCAAAAUCCGGCAUGGGUCAAGGCAUGCGCGUGGCAUCGAGAAAAUCAAGCAAAGAGGGUUUUCCGGGAGCGCGCAGCGAGGGAUGCAAUCGGGGAAGCAUGGAGCCAGGCUGAGCGCAUCAUGGAAGAUGCCAAAUUGGCAUCACAGCGAAGCCGACAGAAAUGA